CAAAGUUCUGGAAGAAAGGAUUUGGACCCAUCUUUUUCUAUACUGGCAAUGAAGGUGACAUCUGGACUUUUGCUCAGAACUCUGAUUUCAUAUUUGAAUUAGCAGAGGAACAGCAAGCACUUGUGAUUUUUGCCGAGCAUAGGUACUAUGGGAAGUCUCUUCCAUUUGGACUUGAGUCAACACAGCUGAAGAGGACUGGUCUGCUGACUGUGGAACAAGCCCUCGCUGACUAUGCAGUGCUAAUUACCGAGCUUAAGCAGCAGUACGGUGCCGCAGACUGCCCCGUCAUUGCUUUUGGAGGCAGCUAUGGAGGAAUGCUGAGCGCUUACAUGAGGAUGAAAUACCCCAACAUUGUGGCUGGAGCAUUAGCUGCCAGUGCUCCUCUGUUGUCUGUGGCUGGGCUUGGAGACUCCACUCAGUUCUUCAGAGAUGUGACAGCAGAUUUUCAGAAGUCCAGCCCAGGCUGCGUUGCAGCUGUCCGCAAAGCCUUCCAGCAGAUAAAGGACCUGUGCCUGAGUGGAGCCUAUGAUGAAAUCAGCAGCAAGAUGGCCACAUGCAAUAAGAUCUCUAACAAGGACGAUGUUUACCAGCUUUUUGGGUUUGCUAGAAAUGCCUUCACCAUGAUGGCCAUGAUGGACUACCCUUACAAAACCGAUUUCAUGGGUCACCUCCCUGCCAAUCCAGUGAAGGUUGGCUGUGAACAAAUCCUUGCCCACACAGACCCAGUACAAGGCCUGGCUGCUCUUGUUGGGGUGUUCUACAACUCCUCCGGCUCAGCCCAGUGUUACGACAUAUACCAGCUGUACCGCUCCUGUGCUGACCCCACGGGCUGCGGCAUCGGCUCAGACGCUGAGGCCUGGGACUACCAGGUUUGCACCGAGAUCAACUUAACUUUCAACAGCAACAACAUGUCCGACAUGUUCCCCGAGAUGCCCUUCACGGAGGCCAUGCGAGAGCAGUACUGCUGGAGCAAAUGGCACGUAAGGCCACGAGCACACUGGCUGCGGACAAACUUUUGGGGAGGAGACCUGAAAAGUGCAAGCAACAUCAUUUUUUCAAAUGGAGACUUGGACCCGUGGGCUGGCGGUGGGAUAAACAGCAGCCUCAGUCCUUCACUCAUUGCACUGACCAUUAAAGGCGGCGCUCAUCACCUCGAUCUCCGAGGACACAAUCCAGCCGACCCCCCAUCUGUCACGGAGGUGCGCAAGCUCGAAGCGAGCAUCAUCAACGGCUGGGUGAAAUCUGCCAGGAUGGAAAGAGCACAGGAGAGAGGCUCAGGGGCUUCAGCAGGCGGACGGCUGUGA